UUCGGGGGCGCCUGGGGCCCCUCGUCCCAAGCCAGGAGGGCUUCGGGGGAGGGGUGUGGCCCCUGGCAGACUGGCAGUGAGGCCCAGGGGGCUGGGGGGUGCCAGGGAGGUAGGGGCGAACCUCGCAGCGGGAGAUACAAGUGCGGUUCUCUUUCCCCCACUGGGGGGCCCUCGGAGCCGGUGGCGGGGCCGAAGGCUUCAAAGGCAAAGCCUGUGGGGUGAGGGCGACAGCAGGGCAGUGCCCGGUGGCAGGGGCACCAUGGCCACCAUCCAGUCUGAGACCGACUGCUAUGACAUCAUUGAGGUGCUAGGCAAGGGCACCUUCGGGGAGGUGGCCAAGGGCUGGCGGCGAAGCACGGGGGAGAUGGUGGCCAUCAAGAUCCUCAAGAACGAUGCCUACCGCAACCGCAUCAUCAAGAAUGAGCUUAAGCUUCUGCGCUGCAUGAGAGGCCUGGACCCAGAGGAGGCCCACGUCAUCCGCUUCCUCGAGUUCUUCCAUGAUGCCCUCAAAUUCUACCUGGUCUUCGAGCUGCUGGAGCAAAACCUCUUCGAAUUCCAGAAGGAGAACAACUUCGCACCCCUCCCUGCCCGCCACAUCCGCACGGUCACCCUGCAGGUGCUCAGAGCCCUGGCCCGGCUCAAGGAGCUGGCGAUUAUCCAUGCCGAUCUCAAGCCCGAGAACAUCAUGCUGGUGGACCAGACCCGCUGCCCCUUUAGGGUCAAGGUGAUUGACUUCGGCUCAGCCAGCAUUUUCAGCGAGGUGCGCUACGUGAAAGAGCCAUACAUCCAGUCGCGCUUCUACCGGGCCCCCGAGAUUCUGCUGGGGCUGCCCUUCUGCGAGAAGGUGGACGUGUGGUCCCUGGGCUGUGUCAUGGCCGAGCUGCACCUGGGCUGGCCCCUCUACCCGGGCAACAACGAGUACGACCAGGUGCGCUACAUCUGUGAGACCCAGGGCUUGCCCAAGCCCCACCUGCUGCACGCCGCCCGCAAGGCCCACCACUUCUUCAAGCGCAACCCUCACCCCGAUGCCAGCAACCCCUGGCAGCUCAAGUCCUCGGCCGACUACCUGGCUGAGACCAAGGUGCGCCCCCUGGAGCGCCGCAAGUACGUGCUCAAAUCGCUGGACCAGAUCGAGACGGUGAAUGGCGGUGGGGCGGCCGCCCGGCUGACGUUCCCGGACCGCGAGGCGCUGGCGGAGCGUGCUGACCUCAAGAGCAUGGUGGAGCUGAUCAAGCGCAUGCUGACGUGGGAGUCGCACGAACGCAUCAGCCCCAGCGCAGCCCUGCGCCACCCCUUCGUGUCCAUGCAGCAGCUGCGCAGCGCCCACGAGACCACCCGCUACUACCAGCUCUCGCUGCGCGGCCGCCGCCUCUCCCUGCAGGCGGAGGGCAAGACGCCCGCGCCGGUGGUGGCCGCUGCGGAAGACGGGCCUCCCUACUACCGUCUGGCCGAGGAGGAGGAGGCCGUGGGCCUGGGGAGCGUGGUGGGCAGCGGGCCCUUCUUCUGCGAGGAGAAGGCACCGGGCAUGCAAAGGGCCAUCGACCAGCUGGAUGACCUGAGUCUGCAGGAGGUGGGGCGUGGGCUGUGGGGGGAGACCCGAGCCGAUGUGGUUCCCGACAUGCUGGCCCCACUGAAGGCAGCCGCCGCUGGCCGCCGGGCGCCCGACGCGGGCCCUGAGCCCAUCCUGGCCUUCUACGGCAGCCGCCUGGCAGGCCGCCACAAGGCCCGCAAGCCUCCCGCAGGCUCCAAAUCGGACUCUAACUUCAGUAACCUCAUCCGGCUGAGCCAGGCUUCGCCUGACGACGAUGCGCCGUGCCAAGGCAGCGGCUGGGCCGAAGGAGAGCGCCACGGGGCCUCUGCCGAGCUGCCUGCCAUCCUGCAGCGGGAUGGGGAUGGACCAGACAUCGAGGAUAUGACCAUGGAUGCUGACAGGCCGGGCCCUGAGCUCUUCGACCCCAGCAGCUGCCCUGGGGAAUGGCUGAGUGAGCCAGACUGGACCCUGGAGGGUGUCAGGGGGCCCCUGGCUCAGGGGCUCCCACCCCACCACGUUCACCCGCAUGGUGCACCCCGGACCACCAGCUUCCUGCAGCAUGUCGGUGGGCACCAUUGAUGGUGACCCCACCCCUGCCCAUCACCAGGGGCUGCGCUAGCUGGGCUGGGAUCCCCUCCUUAGAGCCAUUUCCUGAACCCACAGAUUAUUCUUACAGAAAGAUAGUUAUCCAGAAAUUCCCCAUUACCCUCGCCCAUGGUGCAUGCAUGCCAGCACACACACGUUGAACACAGGAGGGCCUUGCGGUCUGGCCCGUGGCCCCCUGGGCCAAAGGGACACAGGAAGGGGGCUGUACCCCGCUGGCCCCGCGCAUGCCCUUGGCCCCGCCGCCUCUGCCUAUUUCAAUAAAGAACUGUUCAGCA